AUGGCGCCGGAUCACAAACUCGCGCCCCUACGACUCUCGCAGAUUGGCGAUACAGAUGCAUCUGCGACGGAUAGUGUCCUGUCGACGGCGAAAUGGAGUAUCACGAGCGCCGCACACACGCACGACUCGGCGACGCUCGCUAGCUGGACACCUGAGACGUCGCCGGACCUGGUCGACGUAGAAAAGGGCCUAGCGAGCUUGGAAGACCCCGACGAAAAGGCCCAGCGAAUCGUCACGCCGCCGAUCCAACGCACCUGGCGUGCGCUGUACCGGCCCGUGAAGCGCAUCGACCUGCUUCUGUUCGGGCUCCCUGGCUCCCUGCUGGCGCUCCUGUGUGGCGGCAUUCCCAUGAGCAUGGCCUUGGUCGUCGGCCGCGCGUUCCAGGCGCUCGCGCACUAUCAGCCGGGCACCACCGCCGCGUCGGACCUGCUCUCGGCGGUGGAGCGCGAUGCCGUGGCGCUCGUGGGCCUCGCUGCAGCAGCACUGGUGCUGCGAGGCCUCGAGACCUAUCUGUGGCUCUUGCUCGGCGAGCGCGGCGCGCAGGCCUGGCGCACGACCACGCUCCAAGCCAUCCACGCCAAGCCCACGGCGUGGUUCGAUAUGGGCAUGGGCGUCGGGCAGCGCGACACCGGCGCCGCGGGCGCCAUGUCGCUCUUUGCGACCGAGACGGACGAGGUGCGCCUGGCCAUGGGGAUCCAUACGGGGGGGCUACUGCGGCAUGCAGCGACCGUCCUGGCGGCCACAGGCUUCGCCCUCUCGCGCCAUUGGAAGCUGACGCUCGUGAUAUAUGCAACGGUGCCGCUGAUCUUUGUGGUCACCGCCGUCAUCACGCGUUAUGCCGUGCCGUGGGAGAUGCAAGCGCGCGACGAGAGCGUGCAGCUGGCUGCGUACGCCGAGCGCAGCACGGCAGCGAUCCGCACCGUCAAAGUGUAUACGUGGGAAGAGGAGCAGGAGGCGUGGUUCCGCGCAUGUGCAGCGCGGUGCCGCCGCGCGUACGAGCGGUGGGCCGCCCUCCUGGGCCUGCGGCUCGGCGUCGGCUCCACACUCAGCCUCCUGACGUUUGUGCAGGGCUUUGGCUACGGCAGCUUGCUGGUCCGCCAGGGGCACGCAGACGCAUCCGUCGUGCUCAGCACGUUCCUCGCGUGUCUCGUGAGCAUGGGCCAAGUCCAGACGAUCCUCACACGCGCGGCGGGCCUGGACCGCGGCAUGACAGCGGCCGUGCGCCUGCUGGGCGUGCAGCAGAGCCGCGUAGGCGGCGAGCGCGUGUCGGCGCAGCGCGCCGCGCCCAAGCCCGAGGUGCUGGGCGACCUGGCGAUCGAGCAUGUGUGGAUGGCGUACCCCGCUCGACCCGAGAUGUACGCGCUUCGGGGCGCCUCGCUCGUGUUCCCGGCCGGCGAGACGACGUACGUCGUCGGCGCGAGUGGGAGUGGCAAGAGCACGCUGGCCGCACUCGUAUCCCAGCUGUACACGCCGCAGUACGGGCGCGUGAGCUUGGACGGGCAGGACGUGCGUGCGUUCCCGCUGCCCUGGUACCGGCGGCAGGUCAUGACGGUGCGCCAGGAGCCGUUCCUGCUGCGUGGGCGUGUGCGCGACAACUUGCUCCCCGGUGGCGCGGCGGUCCCCGACGACCGGCUCUGGGCCGUGCUCCGUGCGAUGAGGAUGGAAGAGACGGUGCGCUCCUGGCCGCUCGGCCUCGACACGCCCGUCGGCGCGCACGGGCAGGCGAUGAGCGGCGGACAGCAGCAGCGCCUCGCCGUCGCACGUGCCUUGCUGGCCGAUCCGUGCGUGCUUGUGCUGGACGAGGCGACAUCCGCGCUCGAUGCAUCAGCCGCGUCCGCCGUGUUCAGUGCCAUCGAGACGUGGCGCGCGCAUCGGACGACGGUGGUCAUCACGCACGACGUGGCGCGCAUCCCUGGCGACGCCUACGUGUAUGUGCUGGCCGAGGGCCGUGUGGCGCAGCACGGCACGCUGUGCACGAUGCCUACCCGGCCGCCCACGCGCCAGAGCGCGGCGUCGCUCUGGAGCUGCGCGAGUGCGGACGAGCAGGCUUCGUCGCUCGGCGCGCCGGCGCAGGCCGUCCAGGAGGCGAGUGCAUCGAGCGACGCAGUGCAGCGGGGCCCCUCGAACUGCCAGCUCCUCGCGUGGAUGUGGCGCACCAUGCCGCACCGCGCCGCGCUGGCGCUCGGCGCGGCCGUGAGUGUGGCGUCAGGGCUCACCGUGCCUGCCUUUAGCCUGUGCCUCACGCAGGUGAUCCUGGCCGUGGCGCAGCCGACGCGCGCCUCGCUGGGCCGCAUGGUCGCUGCGACAGCGGGCGUCGCGCUCGGCGAUGGCCUGCUCAGGGGCGUGCGCCAUGCCGGCAUGGAGGGCCUCGCGGCACGGUGGAUCGAGCAGCUGCGCAACUCGCAGAUGCACCGGCUCUUGCGCCAGGAUUGUGCGUUCUUCGAUGCGCCAGCGCAUGCGCCGAGCACGCUCGCGAGCACGCUGACCAAGGACGUGCAGGACUUGCACGCGCUCGUCGGCGACCUGCUCGGCCAGGGCGCCAUGGUGCUCGCGCUCACGCUGGGGACGUGGGUGUGGGCCCUCGCUGCAGGCUGGCAGCUCGCGCUCUGUGUACUGGCGCUGGUGCCGCCCUGCGCUCUGCUCAUGGGCGUGCACGGCGCCUGGCUUGCGCGCCGUGAGCACCGCGCGGUCGUCGCGCGCGCCGCCGCGGGCGAGGGCGUGUUUGAGUAUGUGCAGCAUGUGCGGGCCGCGCGCGCCGUGGCCGCCGACGAGCCUCUGCACCGCGCGGCCGCGAGCGCGUGUGCGGCAGCGUACGAGGCGGGGCAGCGGACAUCGACGGUCAUUGCGCUGGGCGCGGGUCUCGGCGAGGCGCUCAUGUACAGCGCCGAGGCCGUGCUCUAUGCGGUCGGUGCCGUGCUGCUCGUGCGCGGCACCUACGAUCUCUCGCGCGUGCUGCAGGUGCUGAGUCCCCUCGUGUUUUCGCUCUCGUACGCGGCGAGCACGGCCAUGGCGCUACCGGCCGCGGCGCACUGCCGGGCUGCGGCGGCGCGUGUGCAGGCGCUCUGCGCGCGGGGAGCGCCGUCCUCGGAGGCGGGCGGGACGCCAUGCGACGCGUGGAGCGGCGCCUGGGAGCUGCAGCAUGUGUCGUUUGCAUACUGUGCGGGAGGCGCCGCGCCGCUGCACGACGUGAGUGUGCGUAUCGAGGCGGGCGAGAAGGUGGGGCUGGUAGGCGCCUCGGGCAGCGGCAAGACGACGCUGCUCGCGCUGCUUGCGCGGCUGUACGAGCCGAGCCACGGCGUCAUUUUCCUCGAUGACCAUGUGCUGCAUGAGCUCGAUGCCGCGAGCGUGCGGCGGCGGCUGGGCGUCGUGGAGCAGCACCCGGUGCUCUUUCCCACGUCGAUUGCGUCGAACAUCGCGGCCGGGUCCUCGCUCGCGCGGCCUGCGCUGGAAGCGGCGGCGCAGCGCGCGCAUGCGGCGGCGAUGAUCGAGGCGCUGCCCGCGCGGUACGGCACGACGCUCGGGACGGCGUGCGAGCUGAGUGGGGGGCAGGCGCAGCGAGUGGCGCUGGCGCGUGCGCUGGCGCGGCCGGGUGUGCGAGCGCUGCUGCUGGAUGAGCCGACGUCGGCGCUGGAUGCCGCGGCGCGGGAUGCUGUGCUUGCGACGCUGUGGGGCGAGGCGAUGCGCCCUGUGACGGCCGUCGUCGUGACGCACGACCCUGCGGUGAUGCAGCGGUGCGACCGGCUGCUGGUGCUGGCCGAGGGGCGGAUCCUACGCUGGUAA